AUGGAGUUGAAGAACCAAAAUUCAAGAUAUAAGAGACUAUGCAACUGGUUCACCACUAAGCAAAAGGAAAAUUCCAAAAAUCUUUCUCUUCAGUCAUUGGAAUUUGAUUCAUGCAUUUCAACAAACAAGUUAAGAAUCUUUGUAGGUACUUGGAAUGUUGCUGGAAAAUCUCCUAUAGGAAGUUUAGCUGUUGAUUUGGAUGAGUGGUUGAAUCUCAAGAACUCUGCAGAUAUAUAUGUUCUUGGGUUUCAAGAGAUAGUACCUUUGAAGACAUUAACAGUUAUAGGAGCAGAGGAUUCAUCUGUAGCAACAAAUUGGAACAAUCUCAUAGGAAGAACACUAUCAUAUAAUGAAAACUGUUACCAAGAUAUUGGAGAAAGCAACAAGAAAAAGUACAAGAUGGUAGCAAGUAAAAAGAUGGUUGGAGUAUUCAUAAGUGUGUGGUUAAGAGAACAAGUCUUGGAAAAAUAUUGUGUUUCAAAUGUGAGAGUUUGUUCGGUUGCAUGUGGUGUUAUGGGAUAUUUAGGAAACAAAGGUUGUGUGGCAGUUAGUAUGUUGAUUGAAGGGACAAGUUUUUGUUUUGUUGUAGCACAUUUAGCUUCCGGAGAAAAGAAAGGUGAUGAAGGUAGAAGGAACCAUCAAGUUGAAGAGAUUUUUAGGAGAACAUGUUUUCCUAGGACAUCAAAACAUCAUCAACAUCCUCUAACAAUCUUAAGCCAUGAUCGAAUAUUUUGGUUUGGAGAUUUGAACUAUAGACUAUAUUUGAAAGACCAUCUUGCUAGACAUUUAAUAAGAAAGCAAGAUUGGAAGGGUUUGCAAGAGUUUGAUCAACUUCAAAAAGAGUUAGAAGGUGGAGUUUUUGAGGGUUGGAAAGAAGGUAACAUUAAAUUUGCUCCAACAUAUAAAUAUGCAUCUUCAACUAGCAAUAUCUAUUGUGGUGGUGACCUUCCAACUAGGUCAGGGGAAAAACAAAGAACACCGGCGUGGUGUGACAGAAUUCUAUGGUAUGGUAAAGGAGUUGAGCAACUUCAUUAUAUUAGAAGUGAAAGCAAAUUCUCUGAUCAUCGUCCUGUUUCAGCACUUUUCUCAACACAAAUUGAAAUCAAAUCAUCUACUAGAGGACUUAUGGAAUUGGAACAUAACCCUUCAAUAAUUUUGCAUCCUAAUCAUAUAGUGAGAAAAGGAGAAGAAGAUGAAAACUCAACCUCAUUGUCAUUGUUAAUGAAGAAUGUACAAGGUUGA